UUAUUUGGAAUCUAAUCUAGGCUCAAACAACACGGCCCCAGAACAAACAUGGUUUCUUCCAACACUGCCGAGCUGCUGAGAGAGGAGAUUCCUGUGAAGCAACAACCUCUGACUUUGUCUGCAGACAUCAUAACCGGCCUCGUACUCGUCGAUGUUGUCAAUGGCUUCUGCACCGUUGGAGCUGGCAAUUUGGCGCCGAAAGAACCAGAUGAACGAAUUUCUCAGAUGGUAAAAGAAUCUCUGAGGCUGUCCAAAGCAUUCUCUGAGAGAAAGUGGCCAAUUUUUGCUUUCCUUGAUUGCCAUCACCCCGACAAACCCGAACCCCCUUAUCCACCACACUGUAUUAUAGGAUCAGGCGAAGAAAAAUUGGUUCCUGAUCUGCUGUGGUUGGAAAAUGACCCAAAUGCAACACUCAGGCAAAAAGAAUGCAUUGAUGGAUUCCUUGGGUCAACUGAGAAAGAUGGCUCUAAUGUCUUCAUUGAUUGGGUGAAAAAUAAUCAAAUAAAACAAAUUUUGGUUGCUGGGAUAUGCACUGAUAUAUGUGUGCUGGAUUUUGUCUCUUCUGUCUUGUCUGUGAGAAACCGUGGUUUCCUUACUCCUCUGGAAAAUGUGAUCGUGUCUUCCCAAGCUUGUGCUACUUAUGAUUUGCCAUUGCAUGUGGCCAAAACUAACAAGGAUUUUGUAUCUCAUCCACAGGAGUUGAUGCAUCACGUUGGCCUUUACAUAGCCAGUGGAAGGGGGGCCCAUAUAGCUUCAGAAGUGUUAUUUGAAUAAUUGAGGGGUGUUGCGGAAUAACUGAAAGACCGUUAAGUGUUAAGUGUUAGUGUACGUAAUUCAGGAUUGGAAUAAAUGUGAGCAUCUCAUGUUAUAUAAGAAUGAUUUAAACUGGAAAAAAAAUGUGUGAAUUACAUGAGAACGAGAAAAAAAAAUUAUGGGAAGUACAACUUUGCGUCUUCCAAAAAAAA